AUGGCGGAUUUCCAGCAGGCCCUCGAGGCAAGAAAGAAGAAAGCCGAAGCAGACCAAGUCUUUGAAGGCUAUGGAAGGAAGAAGUUCUCUUUCAAGGAGGGCAAGCGAAGGCCUAUCUCGGACCCCACGAAGCUCAUAAAGGCGAUGCAGGUCAAAGGCGUGGAGUCACCCACAGAACGUACGCCUGCUCUCACGUUUUCAGACUCCGGGCUAGGGAUAGGUGUAGAGGGCUUUGCAGACGUGGCUUUGCGUUCGCGCACAGAAAUCGUCCCGCUGGAUGAACCUGGUGAAGCGCAUCUCGAGGACACGCAGGGGCAGCAGCCCCAGGAUUCAACAAAUCAGCAGCAGAAGGGGCAGCGCCAGGAGGCGCCUUCAAGUCAAUGUUCUCCGUCAAAGCAAAUACACAAUGCCACCGGGUCGACCCCAUCCAAGAAGACGCUCGAGCUCUCCCACCGUCACAAUUGGGCGACACAGACCCCCGUCCAUCUACGUUUCGCGAAGGAUCAGAGCAGUUCGGAGGUGCAGUCCAAGGCGCAUGCAUUAGCGUCCGAGUUUGAGCUGCCACGUCAAAUCGCUAUCCGUGUCGCUCUGCUCUACCAAUUCACCGAAGACGGAAUCGGAGAGCGAAUCGCGAAUAUCUACCUGGAUGCAAUCAAGAGGCUCAAAGCCGGCAUUACUUGCUCCAAACUGUGUCAGUCAUCCCUGAAGGUGAAGCGGAAGCUCUUGCAGUUUCAGAUCCCUGAGGCUGCGUUGGUCAUCAAGGGUUUGGGUUUUGCUGGCUAUUUCUCUGGUUCCCGCCAAAUCGACACCCGUAUUAUCAAAGACCUAUUCCUUGGCUCCCGACACUCGGAGGAAUUCAGAGAAGUAAACUCAAGAAUCAAGCCAUUGGGUCAGGCGUUGCAGGAGAGUCGGUGCUGCGUGCUUUCAACUGCCUUGCGCACCUACUCCUUGCUCAUGGAUCGGCCGUCAGAUUUGGCGGCCGUCUGCGCCGUAGUGGAUGUUGCAACCGGCAGGCACGGACCCGCAGUGUGGAACCCAGACGGAGCCAGCAAUGCAGUUUUUGCCACGGGGUUUCAGGCGAGGAAAGUCAUGUAA